CUUUUGAUUCAAAAAAUGAGUGAAAAAUAACAGUGCAUAUGAACUUUAAUUGGAGUUAGAAAAAAUAGGGAUUCUGUUUAUUGAAUUGAGUGAGUCAAGAUUCAAUUAGUUACAUAAAUGGAUACAAGGAUUCUCUUAUCAGUACUUUAUAUUGAGAGAGAUUUCAUUGAGCAUGAAACAAUUCAUAUCAAUUUUAAUUUUAGUUAAAUAAAUGGAUGUAAUUUUUGAAGUGCAAAGAGGAAGACCAUUCUCAAUUGAAGUAGGCUUCUUCGACACAAUUUUGGAAAUCAAAGAAAAAAUUCAAAAGUAUCAAGGAAUUCCAAUCUCCAAACAAACCUUAAUCUUCAAUGGCCAAAUUCUCCCAGAAGAUGGUGACAUUUGGAAAUGCGCAAUUUUUCAAAACUCGCGCAUUCAUCUCAUAGUCACCGCCUCAGAAUCCGAUCAUCAUAAACAGCCGAUUGAAGACACCAAAUUGCACCUCAACAUCAAAACUCCUUCAUCCAAACCCUACUUUCCUAUUGAAAUCUAUAAAAACGACACCGUUUUAAAGCUUAAAGAGAAAAUUCACGACAUUGACCAAAAUAACGUUCCAUUGAACCAACUCAUGUUGCAUGCAGCCGAUACCGAAUUGCAUGACAAUCAAUUGAUACGUGAUUGUGAUGUUUCGGAUAAAAGUGAAAUCGAGGUGAGUUUUAAGCCACCAGCGGGGCCAGCGGUUUCACCAACAAUGGUUGGUGGUGGAGGUUCAAAGAAGUUGAAGUUUAUGGUUUUAUCAAAGAGUGGAACAAAGAAAAUUCCUGUGGAGAUGAAUGCUACUGAUAAUGUUGGAGAAUUGAGGAAAGAGCUUCAAAAGAUGAAUCAAAGGCUUCAAUUUCAUCUUCCACAAGAAGGUUAUUUUUUCAUCUUUAAGCAAAAUGUUAUGGAUGAUGAGAAAUCUUUUCGAUGGCACCAUGUUUGUCAAGGUGACACCAUUGAAAUCUUUAAUGGAAGUGUCACCGGUGGAUCAUGAAAAUGUUUUGUUCUUAGUUUUUGUUGGUUUUAAUUUAGCUUAGUGCACUUUGAAUUCUUAAUAAGUUAUUAAUUAAUUAAGAAUUUUUGUUUUCUUUAUUUAUCUUGGAAUGUAUGUGUGUUAGUGUGAAACAUCAUAGUGUU